CUUCUUGAUACAGACAGAUGUGCCAGUCUCAGUCAAGAAAAGCAUCACUCCAGAAACAGGUUCAUCUUUCCUACAGAAUCAAGCACUGUUUAAAAAGAAUGUCAGUGUCUGAGAAAAUAGAGACUUAUAUAUUUGUGUUUUUACCAAUCUGCAACCUUCAGUGAAAUUCAUGGAAAAAGAGUUCAGCACUUUCUGGAAGCUAAACACUCUGUAAUAACGACUGUACAGACUUCUGUUCAUUAAAUUCAGCUGAUGACUUUAGGUAACCUCAAGGAAUCUAGUGAUUAAUAGUCUAUAUGAAAAACUGAUCUAUACUAUCUUCUAAAUUCAUUGAUGAAUUGAUGAGAACUUUAGAAACCAAAGAUAUUUUUUAAAUCCUAGUAAAAAAGAGAACUUAAUGUUGAAAGACUGUGAGGCAAGGCUUCUUUUCCUGUUUGCCUCCUAAGAACUAAUGUAAUUGCCACCAUAAAAAAUGACAAUGAACAGCACAUGUAUCGAAGAACAGCAUGACCUUGACCACUAUUUGUUCCCAGUGGUUUACAUAUUUGUUUUUAUAGUCAGUGUCCCAGCCAAUAUUGGAUCUUUAUGUGUAUCCUUUCUGCAAGCAAAGAAGGAAAACGAACUAGGGAUUUACCUCUUCAGUUUGUCACUGUCAGACUUGCUGUAUGCACUGACUCUGCCUCUCUGGAUUAAUUACACUUGGAAUAAAGACAACUGGACUUUCUCUUCUGCUUUGUGCAAAGGAAGUGCUUUCUUCACGUACAUGAACUUUUAUAGCAGCACAGCGUUCCUGACCUGCAUUGCCUUUGAUCGGUAUUUAGCAGUUGUCUAUCCUUUGAAGUUUUCUUUUCUAAGAACAAGAAGAUUUGCAUUCACAACCAGCCUGUCUAUCUGGAUAUUGGAAUCCAUCUUUAAUGCUGUCAUUUUGUGGGAAGAUGAGACAGCUGUUGAAUACUGUGAUGUUGAGAAGUCUAAUUUUACUCUAUGUUAUGACAAAUACCCUCUAGAGAAGUGGCAAAUAAACCUCAACUUGUUUAGAACUUGUACAGGCUAUGCACUGCCUUUGGUCACCAUCAUGAUUUGCAACCAUAAAGUCUACCAAGCUGUGCGGCACAAUCAAGCCACAGAAAACAGUGAAAAGAUAAGAAUCAUAAAGUUGCUUGUUGGCAUCACGUUGACUUUCGUGCUGUGCUUUACCCCCUUCCAUGUGAUGGUUCUAAUCCGCUGCAUUCUAGAGCGUGAUGUGAAUGUCACUAAGUCUGGAGAGAAAGCAUUUACAAUGUACAGAAUCACAGUGGCACUGACAAGUUUAAACUGUGUUGCUGACCCAAUUCUGUACUGUUUUGUAACUGAAACAGGGAGAUCUGAUAUGUGGAAUAUAUUUAAAUUGUGUGCUGGGAAGUGCAAUAGGUCACAAAGACAAAAGCAAGACAUAUUUUCUGUGUCCACCAGAGAUACUAUAGAAUUAGAGCUUAUGGAAUAGAUUAAAGAAUGGAGAGAGGUUAAGAUGAAUAAUAUUACAUAAUCAAAAUUACAUUUUGGAAAGGAAAUAUAGCAUGGGAGGAUCAACUGUUCCCGCCCAGUGGAAAUAUUUUAAAGAUACAUUGUACAACUGCUACCCUGUCUUUUAUUAAAUAGAAUUUUAAUAUUGUCUAAUAAGUUGGGAUCACAGUUGUGAAUGGCAGUUCUUUUUAUAUCUGUGCUAUAAUCCCUCACAGGCCUAUAGACUGCUAACCUUUAAAUGAACAACAUUCAAUCUGAUGGUUAUGAUUUUUAGUGCUCUAUUCACCAGUUCUCCCAUCUCUAUGAACCUGUCUCCAACAAUCCUAGCUACUAAGUAAUACUUCUAAUUUCAUUCAUUAACAAAUAUUGAAGCCAUUCCAUACACUGAAUUUUUCCAUUAAGUACAGGGGUUGUGGAAAAAAUAUUCUCAUGAAGCUUCAUGAAGUUCAUAUCCUUCUGGAAACUUAGUUCCAAGCUUAUACAUAAAGUAAAAGGAAAUGGGCUCUGAGUUUUGUUUAAAUUCCUUUAAAUGUAUAGCUGAAUGCUUGAUAAUUGAAAUGCUCAGAUAUUUAAAUCCAGACAGAGAUAUUUAUAGGAAAUCUUACACUCAUAGACUUCCUUUUGGCAUUAUGUAUGUAAAGAGUCUUGAUAUAAUGUAUUGUUGCAAAUCUUCAUUACGGAAUUUACUCUACCUCACUUUAGGUAGGCACGGGUAAGCAUUUCUCCAAACCAAAGAAUUGUUAAAGAGUUUUCUACCCUACUUUUCCCUUUACUCCUCCCUCUCUCUGUCUUAUCCAUUCUUUCCCCUUACACAAAACAAUCAGAUAGCAAGUGUCUUGAUACCAUUUUAGACACUUAUAUUAGAAAAUAAAAUCUUGAUAAUCACCAGGAGGAUUGAUACCCUUUUGAAAGAAUGUGUGAAUAAAUGACAGUAGGCUUUUCUUAACCUUCCGUGAUGAAGUGUGCACAGAAUAGAAGGCCAUCUUGCAUUGGAGCCACAUGUUCAAGCUCUGUUCAUUGCCAUUUUUCUGGUCAAAAUGCUUCCAGGGUAUUAAAACCUUCUGUCUGCACUCUGAAACACACACAUGCUUCAAGACUAAAGACAAUAUUAAAAUGAAGAGUAAUUAAAAUGGUUUUGACUGCUUGAUUAAUUACUGACAAACUUUUGGUAGCCUGUAAGAAUGCAUUUAAAGGUAAAAUAUCCAGAAAUAAUUUUGCCCACCAAAGAAAACUCAGAUGUAGAUUAAGAGUGAUGUCAGGCUCACACAGAGCCAAACCCUAAACCCAAGAAUCCUGAGCUCCCUCCAGACUUGAUUUCUUUUUUAUGGUAUUUAAAAAAUAAUUUUACCAUUUCUUUAUGCAUCAUGCUGGGCUAUAGGUAUAGCUGUUAAGUUAGGUCAAGAAAGAAGGGGACCUGAAAGUUAUUUCACAAAUUUAUGCUUCUAGGUUGAACAGAAUCAAUGUUGGAGAGUUAACCAUUGAAAUAAAAAAAAAAUGGUUUCUAAGUUCUUCAUUAAGAUUUCACAUUAAACCAAAAUCUAUGAGGGAGAAGAGCUCCUAGAUGUCAUUACCUUGCACUUUGUUGGAAAAAUAUCUAGAAUGUCAAUUCCUUCUCUUACUAGUUGUUUGGAAAAAAGCAAUGAUUUCUCCAAAGCUUGCUUUCUAUAAAAUGCAGAAAAAUAGCAGCACCCACUUUUAACAAGUAGACAGGAAAACACUGUGUACUGUUGUGAGCUGUCUAAAUUUUUAGUAGUAGUAGUUAUUAUCAUCCUUAUCAGGAUUAUGGACCUCUACAGCAAUGUGAACUUGUAGGCUCUGGCUUCAGGAUGCUGUUGCUGUAGUUAUAUACUCCUGAUGGUUAAACACAUGCAUUAAGACAA